UGUAAUCCUUGGUAAACAUUCCAGAGGUUAUCACUACGUGCUAGCUAACCUGGGUUUUACAGAUAUUAUACUGGAGAGAGUAAUGCAUGGAGGCGCCAAUGUUACUGGAUUCCAGAUUGUCAACAGUGAAAACCCAAUGGUUCAACAGUUUCUACAACGCUGGAUUAGACUGGAUGAAAGGGAAUUCCCUGAAGCCAAGAACUCUCCAUUAAAGUAUACAUCUGCACUGACCCAUGAUGCAAUAUUAGUCAUAGCAGAGGCUUUCCGCUACCUCCGAAGACAGCGUGUUGAUGUGUCCAGGAGAGGCAGUGCUGGAGACUGCCUAGCAAACCCUGCAGUGCCCUGGAGCCAAGGAAUUGAUAUAGAAAGAGCACUGAAAAUGGUACAAGUCCAAGGAAUGACUGGAAAUAUCCAGUUUGACACCUACGGACGCAGAACAAAUUACACAAUUGACGUGUAUGAAACGAAAGCCACUGGAUCACGGAAGGCUGGUUACUGGAAUGAAUAUGAAAGAUUUGUGCCAGCACUAGACCAGCAAGUGUCUAAUGACACUUCAUCUGUGGAGAACAGAACAAUAGUAGUGACUACCAUCCUGGAAUCGCCAUAUGUAAUGUAUAAGAAAAACCAUGAACAACUAGAAGGGAAUGAGAGAUAUGAAGGAUAUUGUGUAGACUUAGCUUAUGAAAUAGCAAAACAUGUUGGAAUAAAAUACAAACUGUCAAUUGUUGGAGAUGGGAAAUACGGAGCUAGGGACCCCGAGUCUAAGAUAUGGAAUGGCAUGGUGGGUGAACUAGUCUAUGGGAGAGCAGACAUAGCUGUUGCUCCACUCACCAUAACGUUGGUACGAGAAGAAGUCAUAGACUUUUCAAAACCUUUUAUGAGUCUGGGCAUCUCCAUCAUGAUCAAGAAGCCUCAGAAAUCUAAACCUGGCGUAUUUUCCUUUCUGGAUCCUUUGGCUUAUGAAAUUUGGAUGUGUAUAGUCUUUGCUUACAUUGGAGUCAGCGUAGUUCUUUUCCUAGUCAGCAGAUUCAGUCCUUAUGAAUGGCAUUUGGAAGACAACAAUGAAGAACCGCGUGACCCCCAGAACCCUCCUGACCCUCCAAAUGAGUUUGGAAUAUUUAACAGCCUUUGGUUUUCCCUGGGUGCCUUUAUGCAGCAAGGAUGCGAUAUUUCUCCAAGAUCUCUCUCAGGACGAAUUGUCGGAGGAGUCUGGUGGUUCUUCACACUCAUCAUCAUCUCUUCUUACACUGCCAAUCUUGCUGCCUUCCUUACUGUGGAAAGGAUGGUCUCUCCCAUAGAAAGUGCAGAGGAUCUGGCGAAGCAAACUGAAAUAGCCUAUGGAACCUUGGAUUCAGGAUCAACCAAAGAAUUUUUUAGAAGAUCAAAAAUAGCAGUCUAUGAGAAAAUGUGGUCGUAUAUGAAGUCAGCAGAGCCAUCUGUAUUUACCAAAACAACAGCUGACGGGGUCGCUAGGGUGCGGAAGUCAAAGGGAAAGUUUGCCUUCCUCCUUGAAUCGACCAUGAACGAGUAUAUCGAGCAGCGAAAGCCAUGUGACACAAUGAAAGUUGGUGGGAACCUGGAUUCCAAAGGCUAUGGUGUAGCAACUCCGAAAGGCUCAGCAUUAAGGUGGGUGGAAUAA